GGCGGGGACCAGCUCCAGAGGGGUGAGAGAUAGGACGCAAAAGUGGUCACGGAGACAACAACUAAACCCCAAGCUCACUAUUCAGGAAGAUCACCCGGCGUGUUGAGCCUUUACGACUACACGACACGCCAAGCAAGUGCUAUUUACGAGAGAGGCUCCUCCCUUUCUGAGUACUGUAAAGAUUUGCUGGUUUGUGGGAUUUGGAACAUACAUCAGAAAGCAGACAACAUGAGCAAUUACAACGUAUCUCUGGUUGGAUCAGCUCCUUGGGGAUUCAGGCUGCAGGGUGGCAAAGACUUCAACAUGCCUCUGACGAUCUCCAGGCUGACAGAUGGUGGGAAAGCAGCUCAGGCCGGUAUUUCAGUUGGCGAUAUGGUUCUGUCCAUCGAUGGGAUGAGUACAGAGGGAAUGACCCACCUGGAGGCACAGAACAAGAUAAAAGCCUGUACUGGAUCUGUGAAAAUGAACCUGCAGAGGGUCCCUACAGUGAAUACCUUUGUUUCUGUUCCUGCACAAAAGGAAGAGCCUAAAGAAGUAGUUAAACCUGUGCCUGUAAUUUCCACUGCACCAGUUGUACCCAAAGUUUCUAAUUCUGCUGUCAACUUGGCCUACAAUAAGACAGCUAGGCCUUUUGGAGCUGUAAGUUCCCCGAAAAUCACUUCAAUUCCUUCCCCAUCAUCAGCUUUUACACCCACAGCAGUUACCUCAGCUCGUGCAUCCCCAACACCACCGCCUUCCUUUGCAUCUGCUGCUUCUCCUCCUCAUCCUGCACCUGUACAACCCAUUGCACCCUCACCACCUGGUAACACCAGACCUAACAAUGGAGGAUAUGCACCAGCAGCAGGUGUUGCUAAACCUGCAGUAAAUCCCUCAUUUAAUGUUCCACGGCAGCCAGCAACACAUGGUACUUCUGCCAAUCUGUACUCAAGCAGCAAUGUUGUGCAAGCAGCAGAGGUGCAGAGAAAAGAGCUGAAGGAGAACCAAGGUGACAGCAAGCAACAGAACGGAGCUCCACCUCCAGCUGUUCCACCAAAACGUACUUCAAGGAGACACAUUCUGGACACCAACGUGGACUUCCCACAUACUCCACUUUUUAGUGGUGCUAGUAAACAACGACUGAUGGUGGACACUGAAGACUGGCAUCCAAGGACAGGAACUACACAGUCCAGGUCUUUUCGCAUCCUGGCACAAAUCACUGGCACUGAAAGUGCUGUUUCAACUCCAAGUCCUGCCGUAGAAAGUCAAAAUGAGCAAAAGGAGUGCCAGACAGAAACUGGAGAAAGCAGCCAUACCUUGCAUAUUGCUGAUGGACUAGAAGAUCGAGAUAAACAGUCAGUGGCAACCCAGACGUUCCAAGAGACUGCUGUCUGUGUGUCACUGCCAGAUCCAUCAUCUCUCAUUUCUCACACAGCUUCAGCUUCCAUUCCAGAAAGGCCCGGGUCAGCUCUGCCAACCUCUUCAGCAGCUGACCCUAAACCAGAAUGUAUUCCCUGUACAAUGUCUGCUGGAGCACUUCUCUUCUCUCCAAAACAAGAGAGAAAGUUGUUGGAAAAUCCAUUGGAUGCUUUGCCAAAGUGUGCUCCUUAUCCACCUCCUGUGAUGCACAUUCUUAAACUUGACAGCCAAGUGGCCACUCUUUCCAGAACGGCUGAAGUUAGGUUUUCUAAAGUAAUAACAGAAUCUGCUGUGACAGAGCACUUCUCAGAUGCCACAUGCUUGCCGAAUAAUACAGGUGAAGUAAAAUCCUUUCUUGUGGAUGCCGGAAAAUGUACUGUAGCUGUACAGACCUGUGAACCCUCCACGUCCCCUGUUAAGCAGGCAGCAGUUGGUUAUCCUUCAGAGAGACAGGCUGAAUCUGCCUCCUCCAUGCAGUCUGAAUUUCAUAGAAAGUUUUUGGAAAACCCUUUGCAGGCUUUACCAAAGAGCGCUCCUCCUGUUCUUCUUCCAGUUUCCCAGAGCCCAGAAGUGAAGAAAGCUGUUUCCACUGUUUCUACUAUUGUGUCAGCUCAGGCCAGACUCUGCGUCCCUGCUGUCUCUCGCGCACUCUUGGAUGCUCUGCUCAUUACGCCUGUUGCUACUGUUCCCCCUGUGCAGUGUAAACGACCUAAAAGGAGGUCUGAAGGUGCUGUCUCUGUACACAAGACCAAGAGUGACUUUGUGGCACCAACCCCUGUUGGUGGCCAUGCAGCAGCUUCAGUGAAGACCAUGUCCAAGGCACCAGCAAAUGUCCGUAAACCAGCUUAUUCCAGUGCAGCAACUGUUUCCACUUUCCAGAGUGGUGGAGGCCCAGGCACAGGGAAAGUUACAGGUCCGCAGUCUGCCAGCCAAGCAGCUCAUAGUAUGCCAAAGGCCACUGCAAUGUCUGGACAUGUAACACAAUCUGGAUGGUCAUCAAACUCUCCAGCUAAGCAAGGGGUAUGGAGUACAGGUAAUAGGCCUGCUCCGCAGCCCCAGCCAAUGGACCAGGAUACAUUGGUACAGAGGGCUGAGCAUAUUCCUGCAGGAAAAAGGACACCCAUGUGUGCUGAAUGCAACGCUGUCAUAAGGGGUCCAUUCCUUAUGGCCUUAGGGAAGUCAUGGCAUCCAGAGGAGUUUAACUGUGCCCACUGCAAAACCUCAAUGGCUGAUCUUGGAUUUGUCCAGGAAAAGGGCUUUAUCUAUUGUGAGCGUUGCUAUGAGCAGUUCUUUGCACCAGAAUGCGCCCGCUGUCAGAGAAAGAUACUUGGUGAGGUCAUCAAUGCCUUAAAACAGACUUGGCAUGUUGGCUGUUUCAUCUGUGUUGUUUGUCAUAGACCGAUCCGUAAUAACGUCUUUCACAUGGAGGAUGGUGAACCUUACUGUGAGACAGAUUUCUACAGUUUGUUCGGUACCAUGUGUCAUGGAUGUGAAUUCCCAAUUGAGGCCGGUGACAAGUUCUUAGAAGCAUUAGGCUAUACCUGGCAUGACACCUGUUUUGUAUGUUCUGUUUGCUGUACUUCAUUAGAAGGGCAGGCCUUCUUCUCAAAGAAAGAUAAGCCAUUGUGCAAGAAACAUGCCCAUGGUGGUAACAUUUAAUGGACAUCAGCGUAAUGGAAGAAGAGUCAACAGGAGUGAAAAUAGCCAUUUUACCUGUUGUUUUAUUAUGAUACAAUUAUGCAAUUUAAUAUUUAUAUAGAUUUUUAAAGAAAGGAAAUACUGAUGUCUGGGGAGAUUUGUGCCAUUCAGAAUAAUUUGUUUAACUGAAGCACCAUGUUGUUGUGAGCUAAUGUGUGCUUGCCAGUAGGUAUAUUUUUCCUGAUUGAUUCCUAACCUUAGCUUAGUGGAAUGUAUCUGUAAAGACAUUCUGGGAAACAAAAUGUCAUGUAUCAGGGGACUACAGCAAUAAUUGUGGUCAUCAUAAACUUCAAGAUUUACCUUUAUGCUACUGAGACUGUACUUUUGUUAUAUGCAGCAAGAAACUAUAGUACUUGUGCUCCAUGCUCAUAUAACAAGAGUAACCAACUUGUGAGAUGCAUCCAGAUGUGCAGGCAGUUACUGAAUUCAGCACUGUUCCAUUGUUUAUAGACAGGACCUGACACUAUAUUCAUCAGUUUAGACUUGUGGGGAUCUGAGUCCUCAUAAAGUAAACAGCAGGCACAAGGUAUGCAUCAUCCCUGGAUAACUGGAGGUGGGAGGUUGGCAUAACGGUUAAAGUAUUUACCUUAUGAGCACAAGGUGCAGAGUU